AUGAGUUUCAAGGGCCCACCAACAUUCCAGCAGCUGCUAAGAAGAAGCCUGCUGAAAAAUGAAGCCUUGACCAUCUCUGUUGUGCAGGACCUGCCCAUGCAACUCUUCCCACAACUCUUCAAGGAUGCAUUUACCAGCAAACAACUUAACAUCCUGAGGCAGAUGGUAGCAUCAUGGCCCUUCCCAUGUCUUCCUGUGGGAGCCCUGAUGGAGACUCCUCAUCUGGAGAUGCUGAAAGCCAUGCUAGAUGGCUUUGAUUUGCUGAUGGCAUUAAAGGAUCAACCUAGCAGGUGGAAACUACAGGUGGUCAAUUUGCAAGAUGCACUCCAUGACUUCUGGAAUGGUUGGGCUGGAUUACAGUAUGUAGUAUGCUCUCCAGAUGUCUUUGGCAAUAACCAAUCAGUGGGAAAUCAUCCCAUCCUAGGGAGGAAACAGACCAUGACUAUAUUGAUGAACCUUUCCCUUAUGUCCUGCGGUCCCUCCAAAUACCUAAAAUAUAUAUAUCGGUGGCCCAAGCAGAGAAAAAAUGUGAUACAGGUGAUCUGUCAGAAGUUGGAGUUUAGGGCCAUUCCUGCCUAUGACCCACUGCCUGUUUUGAAGGUUUUUGAUCCAGUCUCAAUCCAGGAAUUGGAAAUAAUCACAUGCUGGGGCAUAUAUACCUUUGCAUUGCUAGCCCCUGGUCUGAGCCAGAUGAAAAACCUCCAGAAACUCCUUUUCAUGGAAAUCAAUAUACCUUUGGAUAGGCCUCGGGACCUAGAGAAGAAAGCCUCGUGUUUUAGAGAAAUCUUUCCCCAGUUCUCCAAACUGCAGAAGCUCCAGCAUCUCUAUUUGAAUAACUUCUACUUCCAGUAUGAACACCUGGACCAAGUGCUCAGGUACUUGGAGAGUCCAUUAGAGACCCUUGCUAUCACUCAGUGCAUGUUGUCAGAAUCAGAUAUGAAAUAUCUGUCCCAGUGUCCAAAUAUCCAUCAGCUCAAAUGUCUGGACCUGAGUGGUAUCACCUUCAUACAUGUAAGUGAUCAAUUUCUAGGAAUACUGCUAGAAAGACUGAAAGCUACUUUGCAGACGAAGAGCUACAUGCUCAUGAACUCAGAAAUUAGUGCCCUCCUGCCUGUGUUGAGCCAGUGUUCCCAGCUCACUGAAGUCAAUUUUGUGAAGAAUUUCUUGUCCAUGGACAGCCUGAAGAAGCUGUUGCGGCAUACUGCCAACCUCACACAGCUGACCCUGGAGAAGUACCCUGCCCCUCAUGAGGUCUAUGAUGACGUUGGUGAUGUUAUUCCAGACAGAUUUGUACAGCUUUAUUCAGAGCUUAUGGACACACUCAAGGGUAUAAGGCAGCCAAAGCAGGUCUGCUUUGUGAGUAAGAGAUGUUUACAUUGUCAGAAAUUCUGCAUCUACAAUUUUGUUGGGAAUAUAUAA